CAAGGUAUCUAAAAACGUUCACCAGAACCAGUCAUUAUGUUGCCAAGCUUUAGUGGAAUAUUAAAGUAACAUUUGCUGGGGAGCAUCGUAUAAGUAACACAAAAUAACAUUGCUGUACUUUAUAGACUCUUAAGACGACGCUGUUCUAGGAAACCAUGCCGAAGCUGCAGUGCUGCUGUUUCUGUCGAAGGUCUAGAAAUUGUGAGGAGGAAGAAAGCAAGAAUGGCAAGUCCAAUAAACUUAUUCAAGAUCAAAAGACGGCAUGGACCAGAGGCCGCAGUUCCGAUGGGCCUUGCGUAAUUGAUGCUACACUAACCGGUGAUGAACAACACAAUCAGUACGUUACAAAGAUUUACAGCAAUGAACGUCGUUUCAAUCGGGUGGAAAGUACCCACGAUUACGAAGAACCACGCAUGUGUAGUGACCAGGAAGACGAGGGGAAAAGCCAAACAAAUAGUCAAAAGGAAGGUGGACACAAAGCGUCAUGGUUUAACUGGCCGAAACGACAGAUUGAUGACAGCGGUAUAUACGACACCCCAAAUCCCAUACUUAGGAAACUUACAUUACUGAGAAAAAAACCCGAAAGCAAAGAUGAUACCGGCAACGACCACGAGUACGAAGACCCACGUACUCAAGACGAGAAGAUAAAAGACAGAAAAAUAUACGAAGAAAUGUCAGGCCACCAAAUGUAUAGCAAUGAAAAGAUAUCUACAGACCAGCAGUCUGAAGACAGCAUUGCGAGCAACAUCUUUAACGAUAAAGAAGAGAAAAAAAGAUACAGUAAAAAUACAGAUUCAAACAAAGUAAAAAGAGGUGUAUUUAGAAAAUCAACAAGGCAAAUCGAUGAUGCAAAUAUUUACGACAUUCCGAGUUCAAUAUUUAAGAAGCUGACACUGAGGCGAAACAAGACCGACCGGAAAGAUGCGACUUUAAGAAGCAUGGCUAACAAGUCCGAUUUGAAGACAAGUGAAGAACAACGGUCCGAACAAAGUGCUGAUAUCAUUAACAACGCUAACACUAAAGAACCAUGUACUUCUGACAUCAAAGCGGAAAAAAUAAAAUAUAGUAAAAAAUCAGAUAAUCCGCAAAACGUAAAGAGUGGUAUAUUUAAAAAUCCAAAACGACAAAUAGAUGACGAAAAUAUAUACGAUGUUCCUAGUUCAAUAUUUAAGAAGUUGACGUUGAGGCGAAACAAGGCCGACAAAAAAAUUGAAAGUACUAAUUCAAGCAGUCCGGACGAAAAUAUAUACGAUAUUCCAAGGUCACUAUUUAAGAAGUUGACGCUGAGUAGAAAGAAGCGGGCCGACCGAAAAAGUAAAAAUAUAACAAAUUCAGUAAGCAUGGGUGACCAAGAGUCCGAACAAAGUAUCGACAUGAUCAGCAACGUCUCUCAGAAUGAAUCGUGCAGGCCUGUUACCGACAUCCAUAGUAAAGAGGAAGAAAGACGCUAUAGGUCUAAUACACAUUCAGAUGAUUCACAAACAGUUAAAAAAAGUAUAUUCAAAAAAACAAAACGACAAACUGAAGAAGAAAAUAUAUACGAUAUUCCGAGUUCAAUAUUCAAGAAGUUAACGCUGAGAAGAAACAAGCCAGAUCAAGAAAAUAAAAAAGCAACUUUAAGAAGCGUGUGUGAUAUGAAGGAUGCAGUGACUAAUGAGGAUCAACAUUCAAGCGUUGAUAUUGUUAAAACCUCUCACGAAGGACCAUGUACUUCAGACAACCAUGGGAAAGAGGAGAAAACAAGCUAUAGUAAAAAGACAGACGGUUCAAAUAAAGUAAAGCCAAACAUACUUCCAAAACCAAAAAGAAAAACUAGGCCUAGUUCAGUUUUCAAAAAGUUGACGCUAAAAAGAAAACAUGCUGAACAGAAAGAAGUUAAAAAUGAAUGACAUAUUACUGAUAACAGACUAUUCGAAGAGAUGGAUAUCGAUGUGAACUUGAAAACAGUUUUCAGUAAAAUAGUAGACGCUUUCUUAAAGUGUUACAGUGUAUCACUAAAAAUGUAUAUCGAUUUUAGAAAUAGAUGCGUUUGAUAAGUUUGCUGGCAGUCUAAAGUAAAAGUAACUGGUUUAAGGCUUCGGAGGAAAACUUUUUUUGAUUGUACAACUGAUCUGUCUAAAGCUUUGUCUACACUAUCAAAUUUCAUCAAAAAAAAAAGCGUCACAUAAAAUUUGAUAGAA